AUGUCAUCUCGUGUUGAAAAAUAUUUAUCUGAACAAAAAUUAGUCGGUGGUUCAUUAGCUAAUGAAUGGCUUGAACUUGAAUCUCUCUAUCAAAAUCGUUUAUGGCAUGAAUUAACAUUACGUGUAAAACCAUUUGUUCAUCGUGAUGACCUUCAACAAGGUGAUCAAUUAAAAAAUUUUUAUGAAAAUUUUCUAUCAGAUUUUGAACAUCGUAUUAAUCAAUUAGCAUUAGUUGAAAUAAUUAUACCUAUAACACGUACAUUUAAACAAGUUGAUCAAGCUAUUGAGUUUAUUCAACAAAUACGUGAAAAAGUUAAAAAUAAUUCUUUAGCUGUUUUACUUUGUGAUAUAACUAUUGGUAAAGCAUAUUUAAUAACAAAAAACUUAAUUGAAACAAAAAAAAUUAUUGAAGAUUUAACACCAAAAUUUGAUGAACUUGAUCAUUUAACAACAGUACAUUCAAGAUUUUAUGAUUUAGCAUCAAAUUAUUAUCGAGUUAUGGGAAAUCAUAAUGGAUAUUAUCAACAUGCACUUAAAUAUCUUGGUUGCAUUGAUAUAUCAUUAAUUCCGUUAAAAGAAAAAGCUGAACGUGCAUUUAAUCUUGGUUUAGCUGCAUUAUUAGCUGAAAAUGUUUAUAAUUUUGGUGAAAUUCUUCAACAUCCUAUACUUGAUGCUCUUAAAAAUACACGUGAGCAAUGGUUAAUUGAUUUAUUACAGGCAUUUAAUAUAGGUGAUGUUGAAAAAUUUGAAGCAUUAAGAUCUCUUUGGCAAAGUCAACCUGAUUUACGUAUGGCAGAAAUAAUAUUACAAAAAAAAAUUACAUUACUUUGCCUUAUGGAUAUGAUAUUUGUUGCAGGUGGUACACGUGCAUUAAGUUUUAAUGAUGUUGCUACACGAACAAAAUUAUCUAUUGAUCAAAUUGAAUUAUUAGCUAUGAAAGCUUUAUCAUUAGAUUUAAUACGUGGAAGUAUUGAUCAAGUUGAUCAAAAAUUAAAUAUGCAUUGGGUUAAACCACGUGUUUUAGAUUUAACACAAGUUGCUACAUUAAAAAAACGAUUAGAUCAAUGGACAAGUGAUGUUAAACAAAUGUCUACUCAUAAUUAUGACCCGGAGUUACCAGAAAAUGUUCAAGUUGUACUUCCCGGGUUGAAACGUCGAAUUUUAACUGAUAUAGAUCAAUCUGUUACAAAAAUUUAUGAAGAAGAACGCCAUGAAAAUGGUACAGCUGCUCUAAUAUCAGUCGUCGAAACAUGGAAAUCGACACUAUACUUUAUUCGUUUAACAAUAUUACCACCAACACCCAUUUCAUUGCCGUCAAUUAAAAUUCCUGAUGAUAUGCAUUAUAACAAUACACAGCAAGAAUUUUUAUUUUGUAAUUCAGCAACACCUCAUAAAAUUAUAGCAUUUGCAUCAGAACAAGCAUUAAAAUUAUUAAGCAAAAGUCAACAUUGGAAUGAUGAUGAAACUUUUAGAACAUCAACUGUACUAUUCUCUCAAUCAUAUCAUAUACAUGCAUGGGACGAGUUUAGCAUGAAACCAAUCGUUGAUUCAUGUUGCUAA